AUGUUCGGUGAAACCGCAGUUCCAUUGAUCGAUACAGCAAAGCGUACAAGGAAAACUCAAAAUGUUUCACUUUAUGAAGGAGAUAAAGUUCGUGAAAUUCUUGAUGAAAUAAGCAUUUUACAAGAUCAAUCUUUAAACAAUCAAAGUCUCGACGACCUAAAUAAUCCUGACGAUGAAACAAAGUUGUUAAUUCAACUCGUUCAAAAUCACAAUUUAAAAGUUUUAAAACUUUAUCAUUCCCAAAGAUCCGAAAAAGUCAAAUUCUUUGCAAUUCAAGAAUUACCACUAUCUCAAGAAACGAGAUUAAAAUUAUCCGAAAGAGAAAGAAUUUUUCAUUCAAAAUAUAGCGAUUUGUUGAGAAAAUAUAAAUGUGAAUAUCCACCUUCGCUUAAUUUGUCUGCCACUUUAGUGCCCCCCAAAGAAGCUCUGACUGCUGUUCGGGUGCUUAAGGAUAUCGGUGAUUUAAUGACACAAAAUGGAUAUGUCGAAUUUCGGAAAGGAACUCAAGCGAUUGUUAGGAAAACCGAUCCUACUAUCGAAAAAUUAUUAAAAUUAGGGUAUCUAAAAAUAAUUGGAAACAAAGAAUCCUCGAUCAUAAAUCCAAUAUAG